AUGCCGGCCACCAAGUCACUAGCGGAGCUGCAGGCAGAGGUCUGCCGCCUGGAUGACCGCUACCUGCUGGAGCGCGUCAUCGGCGCCGGGUCCUAUGGUGUUGUGAUUCGCGCGCGUGACACCAAGAGCGACAACCGCCUCGUCGCCAUGAAGCGCGUGAACAAGGAAAUCUUUGAGGAGGUUAUUCUGGCGAAGCGCAUUCUGCGCGAGAUCAAGCUGCUGUCGCACUUCAAUGACGACAACAUCAUUGGCCUGCGCAACAUCCUCACCCCGGAGGACCCAGAGAACUUUGACCACUUCUACAUCGUAAUGGAUAUUAUGGAAACCGACCUGAAGCAGGUGCUGCGCAGUGGGCAGGAGCUGACGGAGGCGCACAUUCAGUUCUUCAUCUACCAGGCACUGCGUGCGCUGCACAUUAUUCACAGCGCCGGCGUCAUCCACCGCGAUAUUACGCCGGCGAACAUUCUGGUGAACACGAACUGCGACUUGAAGAUUUGUGACUUCGGCCUGGCGAAGGAGGAAAACGAUCAAGGCGAGUACAUGACGGACUACGUGACAAUGCGCUGGUACCGUGCGCCGGAGUUGGUGAUGGAGGACAAGGAUUACUCGGCGCAGAUUGAUGUGUGGGGCAUCGGCUGCAUCCUCGGCGAGCUACUCGGCUCUCGGCCGCUCUUCCAGGGGAAAGACCGGGUGAACCAGUUGGACAAGAUAGUCGAUGUGAUCGGUACGCCGUCUGAGGAGGACAUCAACUCCGUAGGAUCGUCUGCUGCGCAGAAGUACCUCAAGAAGAAGAGUCACCGACCGCAAGCUGACUGGCGGCAGCGCUACCCAAAGGCGUCUUCGGAGGCGCUCGACCUGCUGCGCCGCAUGCUGGUCUUCAACCCGAAGCGGCGAAUCACGGUGCUGCAGGCGAUGCGUCACCCGUUCCUGGUGCAGCUGCACGACGACGCAGAUGAUAACAUCAGCUACACUCUCUUCCGCUUUGACGAGAACGAGCAAAAGACGAUAGUGGAUGUGAAGCGCGCCAUCUACCAAGAGAGUGUCAAGUUUCACAAUGAGCAUCCAUCCUCGAUGCGGGCAACGACCAUGUACAGCGCCUUCAACACCCCCAGCGUGGCCGCACCGAGCGUGGCAACAGAGGGCGAGGGCCGCUCGGCGCAGCAGACGAUUGAGAAGAACAUCCCAGAGAACGCGGGAGACGGCAAUUUUGACCGUGAUCAGGUCUGA